GGCCGGAUAACUAGCCAACGUUAUUUCGCCCUCGAUACAGCACUAAAUAAACUUUUGCUGCCUUCAGCAUUCCUCUUCUGCCAAUUCCGUGAAUCAACGUGCACGAGACACCAAGGGAGCCUGCGAAGGCCUUACAGGAGACGUGGCAAACCUGCGUACACGGACGUCACCUCCAACUCUUGCCCGCGCACCCUCUCAACGGUCUGCAACAUCCGUACGUAUACCUCUCAGUCCUACUAGUUAUACUCCGCGAGAGUUGCUGGCGUGAAGUGCUAGACGGCCGCAUCCGAAGGUCAGCGUACUAUUCUAUCAGGCGCUAGCCUACGCGAUAUCGUCCAGCAGUUGGUCGAAUUCCUACACACACAGCGUCCUCCGUGACGCUCUCUACGCUCCGGAACCAUGUCGCAAGUCUUUGACCGAUCGCGCGAAUUCCAGUCUAUAGUCGCCAGCGCGAAACGACAACAGAAACUCAGCAGCCAGCGGCAGGCCCUGCUCACGCCGGAGCAGCAGAAGGCGGCGUAUGGCACACCCAAAGCGCGCAGCGCGUUUGCCCAGCAGGCCGCGAGCAUAUCGAAGGAGAUCGGAACGACGAUGGAUAGGUUGGGUCGAUUGGCGUCACUGGCCAAGAACCGAAGCCUGUUUGCGGAUAACAGUGUUGAAGUAUCGGAGCUGUCCUUCGUUAUCAAGCAGAGUCUGGCGAAGAUUAACAAUGAAUUGAACAACCUGAAGAGUCUUUCGAAACAAGGCUCACAACCAGAGCAAGUCAGCAAGCACUCAGAGGGGGUGGUCCUUCUCCUACAGACCCGCCUAGGGUCCGCAACAACGGCAUUCAAAGACACGCUGGAGCUUCGUUCAAAAAAUCUUCAGGCAUCGCGUGAGAGAACGGCUGCAUUUACCUCCUCUGUGUCGAAUCCGGCAUCGUUGCCUGUGUCAAGGACGGACUCGCCGUUGUACUCGGUGGAGCAGAGAAACGGAUCAGCAGGAAAACCAUAUCAAUUGACGCAAGCGGCGAGGAGCGAUAUCCUGUCAUUGGACAUGCCCACAGGAGGUGAUUCGGCGCUGAGCCGGGCUGGAGGCGCUUCGGCACAGCAGCUCAUGCUACUGGAGGAAGGAGCACAAAGCAAUUCGUAUAUUCAGGAGAGAGGAAAUGCGAUAGAUCAGAUCGAGCGGACGAUGACUGAACUAGGAGGCAUUUUCACUCAACUCGCACAAAUGGUGUCCGAGCAAGGAGAGCAGAUUCAGCGAAUCGAUGCGAACACGGACGCCGUUGUAGAAAAUGUUGAGGGUGCUCAACGAGAGCUAUUAAAAUACUGGAACCGCAUGAGCGGAAACCGAUGGCUUGUAGCCAAGAUGUUCGGGGUUCUCAUGAUAUUUUUCCUGCUCUGGGUGCUCAUAGCAGGGUAGCCCCACGGAGUCUUCGUUCCAUUCCCCUUUCACAGGCCAGUUAAAGCCGAGAACGGACACAUAUAGAGUCGUGGUUUGCGAACCUCACGGCGGUUCGCCCCAGCUUUUGCAUAUCGCAUCAACCUCCCUUUCUUUUUCUUUGAAGUCCUUUGUCUGCCCAUUGUAUAUGGACGCUCUGUUGCCUGUACUAUAGCAUCUUAGACAGCCUCAAGUGCAAGCACCAACCCCGUGGACCGAGCUGGGCAUCGGCGAUGUGGAUAACCAUACUUUCUUGUAAUAGAUGGGUGCAAGGCGAGACGGGGUAGGCCACGUCUCUAGUACAAUGCAUACCUGAAGGUACGGACAAACAUUUGACUGUAGCACUUGCUCUCGUUUCUCUACUUUUUAUUCUGGACAACGGGAGCUCCAAAAAAAAAAGGGGACGGGGGUAGCAAUCUAGGCGCCGGGUAUGGACUUCAGCUUCA